GCAGAGUUCGCGGAGAGGGGGUUAAAGGAAGCGCUGAGUUCGGAGCCGCAGCAGCGAGUUGUUUAUGUGUGUGUUUGUUUGUUUGUUUGUUUGUGUUUACCGGCAGGUUUUAAUCCGCUGCUGUGGAUCACUACAUCAUUUACACCAGUUCAAUGUGCAUCUGCUUUACUCUGUGGAUCUGAUCGUUAUAAAGCAGCCAGGGAACGUGUCAAACUCAGAAUGGCGCAGUGGGAGCGUCUGAAGCAGCUUGACUUGGUGUGUCUGCAAAAGUUAGAUGAGCUGUACCACUCUAACGCUCUGCCCAUGGAUGUGAGAGAAUAUCUCGCUUAUUGGCUAGAAGAGCAGGAUUGGGAAGGGGCUUCUUGGGACUCGUCCCGGGCCGUGGUCCUGUUCCAGAUCCUGUUGGAGAACCUGGAUAAUCAGUACAGCCGAUUUGUGCAGGAAAGUAAUUUCCUCAUGCACCGUAAUUUCCGUCACUUCAAACAACAGUUUCAGCAGAGGUACCAGGAAGAUCCGUGCAGAUUGGCCGAAACCAUCAACUGGUUCCUGAUUAAAGAGCGAGAGAUUCUGGAGGCUGCAGAGCUGCCACAGGAAGUGCAGAUGUUACAGGUUCAGCCAAACUCCAUUGAGUCGGAAACUCAGAAAAACCUAGAGAAGAGCAUCCGAGAUUUUAAGAACAAAGUUCAGGCCAUGGAGCACUCACUGAGGUGUUUGGAGGAGCAGCAGGAUGAGUUUGACUUCAAAUACCAGACGCACAAGAUGGAUGGAACGACAGAUGAAGCAGAGAAAAACGAGCAGAUAAACGUGCUGAAAGUGAUGCUCAACAGACUCAACAACGCUAGAAAGUCGUUCCUCUUUGAGACGGAGUCUCUGCUGGAGACUGCUCAUCGUCUCCUGAGAAUCCUGUUGGAGGAGCUGAAUGAGUGGAAACGCAGGCAGCAGGUCUCCUGCAUCGGGGCUCCAGAAGAUACCAACCUGGAACCUCUGGAGAAGUGGUUCACUGCCAUGGGGGACGGAAUGAUCCAACUGCGUAAGUUCCUGCAGAAACUGGAGGAGCUUCAGGGCAAGUUGUCUUAUGAUGAAGAUCCCAUCAAGACCCAAAGACCAGUCCUACAGGAACAAGUGGACACACUGCUAACUGCUCUGCUGAAGAGCGCUUUCGUGGUGGAGACGCAGCCCUCCAUGCCUCAGGGUCGGGGUCCCCUAGUCCUGCGCACCAGCGUCCAGUUCUCAGUCAAAACCAGGUUUCUCUUUAAGGUUCCUGAACUGAACCACGCCAUGAAAGUGUCAGCGUCCAUUAACAUGGACGCUCCGAAUGUGAAAGGAUAUCGCAAGUUCAACGUUCUGGGGACGUCCAGUAAAGCUUUAAACAUGUCCGAGAGCAUGAACGGUGGGAUGGUGGCGGAUUUCAGACAUUUGACGCUGAAAGAACGUAAGGUUGGAUCAGGAGGGAAGAGUAACAGUGACCUGUCCCUCAGCGUGACUGAGGAGCUCCACACCAUACAGUUCAACACGCAGUUCGACCUGCACGGCCUGUCUGUCCCUCUGGAGACCUGCUCUCUGCCUGUGGUGGUGAUCUCCAACUCCAGCCAGCAGCAGAGCGCCUGGGCUUCUGUACUGUGGUUCAACAUGCUGUCUACUGACCACAAGAACCUGGUGUUCUUUGCGAGUUCUCCCGUAGCGACCUGGUCACAGCUGGGGCAGAUGUUGAGCUGGCAGUUCCAGUCGUGUGCUAAGCGAGGCCUGGACACAGAUCAGCUUCAGACUCUUGCACAGAAGUUUUUUGGAAAACAAGACAAUUACGAGAACUGUAAAAUAUCCUGGACCCGAUUCAGCAAGGAGAACAUUCCUGGGCAGAACUUCACGCUGUGGGUUUGGCUGGAUGGGAUUCUGAACCUGGUGAAGCUUUACCUGGCCAAUUUGUGGGAGGAUGGAUCCAUCAUGGGUUUUGUGAGUAAAGGCACGGAGAAGGUUCUGCUGAAGAAGAAGCAGGGUGGAACAUUCCUCCUGCGCUUCAGUGAAAGCAUCAGAGACGGAGGGAUCACGUUCAGCUGGGUGGAAUACUCUAACACAGGUAAACCCAACGUGAGGACGGUGCAGCCCUUCACCAGCUUUGACCUCAAGCAGAUUCCUUUCCCUGAGAUCCUGCGCAACUUUCAGAUCAUGGAGGCGGAGAACGCUCCGGUGUACCCACUGCAGUUCCUGUACCCCAACACCCCGAAAGACCAGGCCUUCGGCAAGUACUACAACGAGAAGACCGGAGAGGAAAGCCCGUACAUUAAAUACAUUAAAACCAAGCUGGUCUUUGUUUCUAAAGAGAAUGGGUGUACGAGCGCAUCUGAAGGCCCAGCGCCUGAUCUGUGUGCUCAGCACAACGACCCUGAUUCUCCUCCUGAGGUGAACGGAGACGUGAGCGAAGAUGUUCUGCUGCAAGGUCUGGAGAAUUCCCCCAUGCUCUCUGUCUAUGACGACUGUCCGACUCCGCUCAGCAGCGACCUGGAAACUUCCCUCAGCAGCAGUCCGAGUGAUUUCCUGGACACUCUGGACUUCAUCACGGAUCCUUUGUCAGAUAUUCCACUGAAGAGCUCCCACGGUUCCGGACUCUUCAUGGACCUGCUCUCUGAGGACAUUUUUCUGAACGACCCCAAUCUCCUGAACGGUGUGAACAUUCAGGGGGAGUAGGACAAACUUUCUGCUUUCAUCAUUUCAUUGUGUUAAUUCUCUCUUUUCUCUCAAAAAAAAAAAAAAAAUCAUCCUGUGCACUUUCAGUACUUUUUUUACCUUCUAACGCUGUCCUGUGGUACGAUCCGCCGCACAUCAGCUGCUGGGGCCAAACGAUUGGAGAGGAAAAAAUGAAUGACCCAUUAGAGUGUUUUCAGUGGUUUUUUCCACCAGACAGUGUAACUCAGAUCAGUAAAUAAACCAUGUCUAGUCUAUUUCUUGAGAAAAUAUUUCCUGUGCCUGUGUUUAAUGGACAGGGAUGUGGGUGGAGCUAACAGAAUACUGAUUCAUUAGAGAUGGUUUAUAUUCGUUUAAAGUAGAUUAAAGUGAAGUGAAACUGAGAGGUGAAGGCACGAAGGGAAGCUGGACGAUGAGCCGGUCAGCACAGUCUAACAUCCUUGUUAACUGUCCUCCUGCUGGACACCCAUGGGUUCUGCAGGAUUCCUGAUCAGACGUUUGUGUUGGCUUCUGCAGUUAUGAUUACACCUAGUGGUCAAAAGUGGGAACUGCACCAAGCACUAAGUGAUGCAGAGUGCUUUCCCUGAAUGAGAUCAAAUCAACAGAGCAUCAGUUAAUAUCUGCUGCUCACAGUGUGGUCAGGCAUUACUGCCCCACUGGAUGUAGUGCACUAUCUAGUGCACUCUAUAUAUGCUCACUACAUAGGGUGUAUAGGCUGUGGCACUGUAGUAAAGCUCUACAUAGUGCACUAUAUGCUUAUUUUGCAUAAGUUUUGACCCCCACUGACACCUCCAACAUCCCAUAAUAUUUAACAUAACAUAAGAGUGAAGAUCGUUCCUUGAUUACAGAUGAAAACACAGAGAAUAUUUCACAACCGCAGAGUAGUGACCAAGAGGCCAAGAGGAAGCUCAAACAUUGAACUUUAAGUCAGGUUUGAAUCUGAGAGCAGAACCUUCUCAGGUCUGAUGAGGCAGAAACUGGACCUUUGUGUCCAUGAACAACGCACUAAAGCCUUCACAUGAAGCACAAAGGUGUUUGGCCUCUCAGUUGCUUAGUAUAGUAUAACAGUAUAACAGUAUAGUAACCUCAGUACUUCAUACAGUAACCGUAAUCACAGUAACCAGACCGCUCUGCGCUACCUGCUGGAAAAGAAGUGGAAACACUGAUGUGUGGCUGUGACUGAGACUUCAUCACCGUCGUCCUUACCUCUCUCUCUCUCUCUCUGCCUUUUCUUUUCUUUUCUCUUCUUUUCUUUUCUUGUCAUUUUAAGUCAUUUUCAUUUAGAAAGUUUUGCCUAUUUUUUUUGCCAAUGUUUUUUUUUCUUCUUUUUUCUUUCUCCUUUUCUGUUGCAUAUUGUUUUUUUUCCCCCUUUUUCUUUUCACCUUUUUUUUUGGACAGCAUAAAAUCCAGAUCAGUCUUUUUAAAUUAAUUCCUCCUGGUUCUCUCUGCACUCAGUCCCGCUGAAUGAAACCGAAAAACCCAGAAAAUCAAACCCAUGGUUUUGAAGUGCAGAAAGUUAGAAGUGAAAUAUCUGAGGUGAUUUUCAUUUCCUUACAGAAAGAGAAAUUUGUUAAUGUGACAUUUUUGUAAACCAGAAAAGCACUUUAUAAAAUUUAUAUAUGAAAUGAAAAAUACUGCAAUGCACUAUAUGAUAUAUAAUAUAAUAUAAUAUAAUAUAAUAAGAACUUCUGAAUAAACCACUGGUGAGUCUGAUGACUUGAUGUCCUACUUCCUGUGAAUGUUUUCACUCUAAAGUGUAGAUGAAACAAAUGGAAAAGAAGAACGUUUACAUCCUAACGAACAGAACUCGUUAACCUUAAUGCACUUCUGAUGCUGAUUUUAUGUCUAAAUGUGUUUUUAUUUGUCCAAUCAGAGAUGUAGAAAUGUGCACAUGCAUGUGUGUAGUCCUUUUUUUUUUUUUUUUUUUUAAUAACUUUUUUUCAUUGUCAUGUAAUGUUCUGAAUGAAAUUGUUUGCCGUGGAACUGGAUGUUUUUUGGGGGAAAAAAAAUCAGUAUAAAGGUCAUCCCUCAGUAAA